AUGGCCUCAAAACAGCCCGACCGUCGGCUCAUACACAAGGAUCGCUUUGGCUAUGUAUUCGGCAAUCUAAAGACACAGAAUUAUCAAGACCCCGUUGCGCGCGGACCUGGUUCGCACACUAUAAGAACACUAGCCUGGAACCCAACCGGCACCCUCAUAGCCACGGGCUCCGCAAACCGCACCCUACGAAUAUGGAACCCCGAGCGCGCCAACGCGCGCUACUCAACCGAACUGCGCGGCCACACAGCCGGCAUCGAGAAAGUGAUUUUCAACCCUGUUCGCGACGCCGAGCUCGCGAGUUGUUCCAGCGAUGGUACAGUACGGUUUUGGGAUGUGCGUUCAAAAACGUGCGUGAGUAAAUUGGAUGUUGGAGGCGAGGCGUUUACGUUGUCGUGGUCGGCGGAUGGACGGGUUGUGAUGGUGGGUAGGAAGGAUGAUACACUUGUUCCUGUUUCGGUGGAGAGUACGUCGACACCAACAGUAAACACUGGGCCGCCCGGUUCUUCGGUUGCAGAGCAAAAAGUGUCGUCGACGUAUACGAUAUUACCUCCCCACCCGCAAAAUACACAGACGAAUGCGACUACGUUCUCAUAUCAUAUACCCACACCCUCCGCACCGGACCUCGAUCUUCUCGCGACUACGGGCGACGGCACAGUUCGAAUAUUUUCUUAUCCUUCUUUCAACCUGCAACACACCUUGAACGCACACAGUUCAGCCUGCUUAGCACUCGCCCUAGCGCCCACAAGUCGUUAUUUGGCUGUCGGCGGCAGCGAUGCCUUAAUAUCACUCUGGGACACGACUGACUGGGUCUGUCGACGCACAGUUUCGAGUGAGGGAGGCGGGACAAUCCGGGGUGUUAGUUGGAGUUUUGAUGGCAGGUUUCUGUGCGGCUCAAGUGAAGAAGUAGGACCUAACGGCCUCGAAAUUUUCCAUGCGGAGACGGGAGAUAGUGUGCACAAGAUUGCGGUGAGUGCGGGCGUGCCUGCGGUUGCGUGGCAUCCGACGAGGUAUUGGUUGGCGUAUUCGCUUAUGGCGGAGGGGAGUAACGCGGGCGGAUUGAGGAUUGUGGGUGCUGCUGGGGGUGGACUGUAA